UCGAUCGGCUUGGUGUGCGAGAGCGAGGCCCGAAGAGGAGGAGGAAGAAGAAGAGAAGAGUGCGGUUUGGUUAUGUGUACGACGGUGCCCUUUGGGUGAACUUCGUGGGUGGAUUUUUUAGGCUGUACGUAGGAAAUUAAGUUACCGUCGCGAUGGGGAGACAGACGAACGGCCGGGGCGGCAUCCGGGGCCGAGGGGCGUCGGGCAGAGGCCGUGGAAUGAUGGGAGGAGGCCCUGGCUCUCGAGGCGGCAUUCAGAAACCUCCUCCUCUGAUGUCGCGUCCGAUGCCUCCUCCGCCGGGCAUGCGUCGCCCUCCUCCGCCGCCGCUAGGUCAUCCUCGAGGCCCCAUGGGACCUCCUCCGCCUCGUAUGAUGCCUCCACAGAUGGCUCCGGGCCGUCGACCUCCUCCUCCCCCUCCCCCUCCGAUGGGCCCGCCAGGGCGAAUGGGAGGGCGUCCGAUGCCUCCUCCUCCGGGUAGACUCGGUCCUCCGGGUCCCCCCGGCGGCCCUAUGGGCAUGGGACGGGGGAUGGGUCCCAUGCCUCCCAGAGGAGGGUUAGGACCCAGAGGCAGGGGUGGGUUGAUGCCCCCGCCGCCCAUGGGUCCACCUUUUCGACCUGGGCCUCCUGGUCCUAUGAUGGGGCCUCCCAUGAGGGGCAGAGGCCGUGGGCGGGGUAUGCCGAGAGGUCGGGGCGCCGUAAGGGGACGUGGUGGAGGCAUUUCAACCAUAAAGCAAAAAGACAAGCAGGGAGAAAUGAACAAACCGUGGGUAACAGAAGCGAUGAAGAAUGAAAUUAUGAAGAAGCACAAGUUACACCAAAAGGCAAAGAAAACCAAAAAUAAGGAUGAUUGGGAUGCGUUUAAAGAACAAAGAAAUAAAGUAACGACGAUGCUUCGUGAAGCCAAACUAGAGUAUAUUGGAGCACAUCCGGAGGAGGACGUGGAUAAAAUAUUAGCGGAAGCAGCCAUGCAAGGAAACAAUAAAGAGGAAAAUAGUGAAGCUAAUGAGGACAGUUCGGACGCCCCCGAGGGGGACGGGGCAAAUCCCCAAUCCAUGGACCAGACAGAGGAGAACGGGGUGGCUAUAAAAGAGGAGAUUAGCACCGAUGAUCCUAUGACUCCCCAAGCCCCUUAAAUAGUUUGGGGGACUAGAAUUGGAAGUGAAAUGGGGUCCACCCCAUGGAAGUUUCAACUGAGGGUCCAUAGGCAUAUUGCCAUGACCACUGCCACCCACCCACCUGUGCCACCCACUUCUUAUUGCUCUACUUUAGAUGAAUGAAAUACUUGACAAUGAUGAUGAUCAGAUUGUAUUUGAAUCUAGUGUAAUCAUUCUACGUACUUUUAGAGUUAGAUGGAGAGUACAGUACAGUACAGUAUUUGUUCUUUUAAGCUUCUAUAAAGUCCAAAUCAAUUUAUUUUAUACUUAUGACAGUGUUCAUAAAGCUUUUGUAAAUUUUCCAGAUAAUAAGUCAUUCUUUUUAAGGUUACAAUGAGAUCUUGUAUCAAUAUCUCUUUGUUCUUAGUUUAAUACAUAUAUAUAUAUAUACAUAUAUAUAUUGUGCAAUCGAGGCAGUUCACUCAUUUUUAAUUAUAUGUUCUCACAUAGUUUAAGGAAAUAAAUUUAUAGUAAAUGAAAUGGGUGUUUAGAUUUUAAAUAGCAUGCUUAAAGCUAUCAUUUGCCUGAUUUAUGGCGCUCAACUUUUUUACCUAUCAUGAAGGUUGCAUGAUCUCAAAUUUUAUAUGGAGGAAGAUGAGAACAUAAGUAAAUUUUAACUUCUAGCAUUAUGAAAAAUCAUAGACACACACACACUGUCCUGUUCAUGCAACCUUAGUGGCAAUCAGCGAGUUCACAUUACCAGGGAAGAGAGUUUUGUGUCUCAAUGUCUAAAUUCCAGACACAAGUUUCCCUUCCAAUUCAUCCCAAAUUCAUAUAUAACAGAACUUGUCUUAUCCCCAAACCUUAAUGCUUGGUGUCUCCCAUCUCCCCUUGGCCAUGGGUUCAUAGGUUUUUUUAUUGUGUGGGCGCAACACGGGGCUGUGUCCGUUUGUGGUCAGUCCGGUUUCCUCCAGCCUGGGAAUAUUUUGGGAAUUUUUUAUUAUUUGUCGUCUGAAGGGAAUCUCAUUGAAAUGAUAUGGCAUAAUUUUUUGUUUCGACUUAUCACCUUUUAAUUUCCAUCAUUCAUUUUUGUUUUAGUUUAUUAUCAAUAUACUUAGUAAGCACUGAUUCACAUCACCAUGUCACCUAUGUGUUCAUUGUCAGUUUUUAGUCAUUUCUUUUCAAAUUUAAAAGUCACAUCUCACAAGUCAAUUUUUAAAUGCGCAGUGUACAAUGCUGCUGCUUUCCACAACGGUGACAUGGCUUGAUUACCAAUUCUUAUAAUAAUAAAUUAGAGGCAUAGCAAAAACAUGCCUCAAAAAUAUCGAAGAAUGUUUGCUGCCGGAAUCAGCAUCGGUCUGUGGCUCAGCAGUGAUCCUCAAGUGGUCGAGUGUAUGCCUUCCAUGCAUGACCAGGAUACCUUGUCUGCGAGUACUGCUUCAAGUUUAGCUGUUUGAGCCGUAACGGUGUAAACAUUCUGAAGUUUGGCUGUGGUAGCGUCGCUUCUAAUCCAUGAAGUCCAAAUGAAUCGAGGAUUGAUAGGACAGAAGCAGGAUUGAUCCAUUUAUAACCUUAAUGAAAAGGUCAGUUCCCACUGUGAUCCUGCUGCUGACUGGGGGAUACCAAGGUUACACCUGAAAUCUUCAUGAUUGAAAAGAAUUGGAGGAGCAAUUCGCAUCAGUAUAACUGGGAUUUAUUCAAACAAAACAUUGAAAAUCAAUUUCAUUCCAAUAGAUUUCUUAGAGAAAAAUUAUGCUUUUGCAUUCAGAGGCAAUUGCUGAUAACCCUUGCCUCCAGUAUCCUGAACGUUAAUAAAUGCUGAAAUUCACCGAAUGGUGAUAAGGUAGACGGUUAAACAUUCAGUCCAUCCUUUUAAUGCAAGGAUUAUAACCUGUUUGCGCAUAACCUUAAGAGAAUUGGCAAUAAUAUCAUUAUCAUGUGAGGAACAUGAAAUUCUAGAUUACAGAAGUGAGGAGACCUUUAAAAUUCUUGCAUAGUUCAUGCUGACGAUCCAUGAAUCAAUAUGAGUUUGAUUUAUAGAUCUGAGGAGUGAGUAGUAUAUUUUGUGUUCCAUUUUAUUGGGUUUAUUAGGUUUUUGUGCAGUCCCCAUGAUUUUUGGUAUUUUAUUUUUUUCAUUAGCUUUUCCAUAAAAUUAGUUUACAUGAAGUAAAAUUUUGUAUAUUUCUUUUCUACUUGUAUAAAAUAUAUUAAUGAAAAAUGAAGUUGGUUAUACGACUUGCAAAAGCAAAGCAGAUUUAUAGAACAGAAUUUUAAGGUGCCAAAUUGACAAACGUACUGUGAAUAAAUGACAACCAGAAUUUAGUGCUAGCAAAUAGUUUCGUGCCAUUAUACAACUACCUUCACCAACCCGUACAAUCACAACAGCUGUGUGGUUAUACGUAAAAGAUGGGGGGAGGGGAGAAUAGAGAACUAAGCAUGCAUAAGGAGAGUUAUGCAUACACCAGUACCAAAAUGAGAAAUCUCUGGAAGUGUUCAACUUUGUGUAUGCAAACCAUGCAUCAAGACUCCAGAUAACUUUUGAGUUUGUCUGCAAACCUAACGAGCAUCUCAAAAACUAUCUGUUGUGUCGAGAAUCUCAUUGAAAUGAACUUUCAGUUUUAUCAAGCUUUAUUAUUGUUAGUUUCAUCAGUUGUAACUUUCAUUACUGAUGCGAGGGUAGAUAAGUUUAUGGACUGAUACUCUGUUUUUGUAAUUAUGAGGUUUCAUAAUAUACGUACAUUUUGUA